AUGGGGUGCUGUUCUGCGAGAUGCAUGCUGAUCCUCCUGUGCUGCCUGCAGUUGAUAACCGCGCUGGAGAGGCAGGUGUUUGACUUCCUCGGCUACCAGUGGGCUCCCAUCAUGAUCAACUUCUUCCACAUCAUCGUGGUCAUCCUGGGCCUGUUUGGCGUCAUCCAGUACAGGUCGUGCUAUGUUAUCAUGUACCUGCUGUGGACGCUGUUGUGGGUCGGCUGGAAUGUCUUUGUUAGCUGUCUCUACUUGGAUUUGGGAGGGCUUUCAAAGGACAGUGACAUACUCUGCCUGGGAGUGUCGUCACACCGCUCGUGGUGGAAGGACAACGGGCCGGGGUGUGACAGUGGCGGCCUUCCCUCCGCUGGGUGGCAGGACCGGCCAAACCCGGAGUUGACCACAGUGCUGGGCUGCUGGCUGGAAUACCAGUACAUAGAAAUCCUGCACUGCAUCGUCCAGCUCCUGCUUUCGCUCCUGGGAUUUGUUUAUGCCUGCUACACUGUCAGCACUUUCUCAGAUGAAGAAGACAGCUUUAAUUUCAUUGGCGAAUUUCCUCAUCCAUCCAAACCCUCUCAGUUGUUCUUCUAGUGUAAAGACCUGUGGAUUAUAAAUGACAACAAACAUAACGCGGUUGAGGAAAAGAUGAGAAGGACUCGGCCUGUUUGACCAUAAAACCAUCUGCCAUGGAUGCUGAACCUCACUGCUCACAAACUGUGCACGCUGUCCCCAGGGGAACCAGUACAUCACAGAAUAUGAUGUGUUUUCACUCAGACCUCAAAUGCUGUAAAAC